AGAAUGGAGGUGGAGAACCACACUGUGAAGACACAGUUCUUUCUCUUGGGAUUCAGUGACCACCCAGAACUGCAGAGUGUUCUUUUUGCUGUGUUUCUGUCUAUCUACUCCGUCACCCUGAUGGGGAACCUUGGGAUGGUUUUAUUAAUCACGGUCAGUCCCCCUUUGCACACCCCUAUGUACUUUUUUCUCCGCAUCUUGUCUUUCGUAGAUGCUUGCUACUCCUCAGUCAUUGCCCCCAAGUUACUUGUGGACUUAGUUUCUGAUAAGAAGACCAUUUCUUACAGUGGCUGUGCUGCACAGUUUUAUUUCUUCUGCUGUUUGGUGGACACAGAGUCUUUUAUCUUGACUGUCAUGGCUUAUGACCGGUACAUAGCCAUCUGCAACCCCCUGCUUUACACUGUUAUUAUGUCCCAGAGGAUUUGCCGCCAGCUUGCAAUUGGGGCAUUUUUAGGGGGUACCAUGAGCUCAGUGAUUCACACCACUAAUACCUUUCAACUGUCUUUCUGCUCCAGUGAAAUUAACCAUUUCUUUUGUGACAUCUCCCCUCUCUUCUCUCUGUCCUGCACUGACACCUACAUCCAUGAUGUUGUACUGGUGGUCUUCGCUAGUUUAGUGGAAGCUCUCUGCCUUCUAACAGUUCUCCUCUCUUAUAUCCUUAUCAUAGCAGCAAUUCUUAAAACAGGAUCUGCUGACGGAAGAAGAAAAGGAUUCUCCACUUGUGCUUGCCAUCUGACUGUGGUCUCUAUCUACCAUGGUACCCUGAUCUUCAUUUAUUUGCGCCCCAGUACUGGCCAUUCACUGGAUAUUGAUAAAGUGACCUCUGUGUUCUAUACAUUGAUUAUACCUAUGCUGAAUCCCCUGAUUUACAGUCUAAGGAACAAAGAUGUGAAAAAUGCUUUUAGGAAAAUGAUUAGCAGGAAAUUUCUUUCUUAA